GGUGUCGCUACCUGGUACACUGGCUCGCAGAUGAACGCCCCCGCCUGUGGUGGUGGCACGCCCAGCGACAACGACAUGGUCGGCGCCGUCUCUCAGAACAGUCCCUUCAAGUGCCACGACAGGGUCACCCUCUCCCGUGGCAGCAAGAAGGUUACCGUAAAGGUCGUCGACUUCUGCGAGUCUUGCUCGCCCACCCACGUCGACUUGAGCAAGGCUGCCUUCAAGAAGCUCGCGUCCCUCGGUGAGGGUGAGCUUCACGGCCUCAACUGGUCGAUG